GAUAUAUUCACCUGGAAGCGAAGCAUAACAUUUAAAUUCAAUCCGUUUCAAUCAGUGGCGCCUGCGUAUCCGAUGAAAUCGAUCUACAGCUUCCUUUCCGGGUGCCACGAACCGCCAGGAUGAUGGCUGGAGACUUGGAACUGCUUCGCCGACAGUAUCUCCAGCGAGUUCCGCUGUCCAGUCUUUCGUGGCCGUCAGAAGAGUUAUUGAAAAAGAUCGAUGUACAGGAAUGGCUGCAUGCGAGCUGUUUCGAUAACCAGAAUAUCACAUUUUUGCCACAGGAGCCAUACAGACUGCUCGUUUUGAAGAAGUUGAUUGCUAGCAUUGAAGCGGCUAUGGAUGACCCGGACGAGGAUGUAUGCCUUUCUCUCUCUUAGAAUCACUUUCAUCUCUAUGAUUUUUUCCAAUCGCUCCUUCAAUGCUGAAGGAGGUGUCUAGGAACUAUCCGAGUCUCUCAUGUCCUCGCUUGUCUCCCUUGUUUCUUCUCCUCCACCUCUCGAGUCUACAGCUGCACAGCAACCGUCUUAUGUCACCUAUCACUUUCCCGUGCCGUGUUCCUCGGGAUCGGCGGCCAAAACCAGCAUGUCACCAUCAUGGGGUGCCGUCACGACGCUCGAGUCGCGCCAUAUUCUCUCAUCCUCUGGCACCACAGGGCUGCGAACCUGGGAAGCGGCUCUUCAUCUUGGCGCGUAUUUAUCAUCGAACGGGCAAGAGUCGGGGAAGCUCUGGGUCCGUGGCAAGCAUGUCCUAGAACUCGGAGCGGGCACCGGGCUGCUGUCCAUCCUGUGCGCCAAGCAUUUGGCCACGAGGACCGUGACUGCGACGGAUGGGGAUGAGCGAGUAUUAGAAACGUUGGAGAACAAUGCGUUUCUCAAUAUGCCGGAAUCGGACACGAUCAAAUCAUUCCCAUUUAGAUGGGGACGGUCACUGGUCGGUACUCUACUAGAGAAGCGGAUUAUGGCAGAUGACCCAGUCGAUCUCGUCAUCGGGGCGGACAUUGUGGGUUUCCGAACAAUUUGCUUUGGGUAGGGCUCAUGCGAUGUAGACGUAUGACGAUGCAAUCAUCACUCCUUUAGUCAACGGCUUCCGCGAGCUGACUCGCCUCCGACCGACAGUGGAAUUCCUAGUUGCUGCGUCGGUUCGAAACAAACGAACGUUGGAGAAGUUCGUGGCGCGAUGCGGUAGGUACUCCCCGUCACCGCGGAAGUAUUUCGCUCGCAUUUUGUCUAUGUCCAUUGACUUUGGUAUUCUGGCGUAGAACAAGGGGGUUACCAGUUGACCGACGUCCCAUACACUCCGGAGCCUGAGCAUCUGCAACAAGGUCCAUUCUAUUCAACGACUGCUCCCUUCCGAAUCAUCCACAUCACCAGAGCCUCGG